GGGGGUCCCCUUGGUUCGGCUCUGCAGAGGCUGCCUGGGGGCGCCUGCUGGGAUCCGAAUUUGCAAGGAUCUCUAAUUCAGAUAGACAGAACUUGGCAGAAGAUCAAGGGAUUCCUUCAUCUCUCUUGGAGGCUUUCUGAGAGCACAGAUGGAUGAGAAAAACUCAGCUGGCCCUGAAGCAGGAAGAGGCCAUGCCAUCAGAACUGGGAGCAGUGGGGGAUUCUGGGAGAAAACUGUGCAGAAGAUCCUGGGUGAGGAGGACACUCUCCGCUCAGAGGCGCAGAGCCAGCAGUUCAGGCAGUUCUGCUUCCAGGAGGCCAAAGGACCUCGAGAGGUAUGCAGCCGACUCUAUAACCUUUACCAUCAAUGGCUGAAGCCAGAAAGGCACACGAAAGCUGAGAUGCUGGACCUGGUGAUCUUGGAGCAGUACCUGGCAGUCCUUCCACCGGAGAUGGAAAGUUGGGUGAGGGAAUGUGGAGCGGAGACCAGUUCCCAGGCAGUGGCACUGGCCGAAGGUUUCCUCCUGAGUCAGGCAGAGGAGAGAAAGCAGGCAGAGCAGCAGAGACAGGAUCUGUUUGCAGAAAUGGGCCCAGAUUCCUCUGAGACCAAAAGGACUCCGUUGAACACCAGAGAGAGGCUGCUGGGUGACCAGAUGAUGCCAGUAAGACCUCUUCUUCCAUCUAUUCCUGGUGGGGAAGGAGAAGCAACGGCUGUGGAAGCAGCUCAGGGUCCAGUGUGCUUUGAAGAUGUCACUGUUCGUUUCACAGACAAGGAAUGGGCGUUGCUGGAUCCUGACCAGAGAGCUCUGCAUAAGGAAGUCAUGGAGGAGAAUUGUGGGAUCGUGGCCUCUCUCAGUGUUGAUGAUUUGGAAAUUGAGAGCGAGGACGCCCAUGACAGAAUCCACACAGUGGAGAAGCCAUUGCCACUCUUGGAGUGUAGAGAGAGCUUCAGUCACAGCUCCCAUUCGACUACCCACCAAAGAAAUGCUAUUGGGAAGAAACCCUAUCAGUUCUCUGAAUGGGGAAAAACUCUCUGUUGGAAUGAAAGCCUCACUUCACAGGAAAUAAUUCCCACAGGGGAGGACCAACUGAAAUGCUUGGAAUGUGGAAAGAGCUUCAGUACGAGUGCACAUUUCAUUUCACAUCAAAUAAUUCAUACAGGCAAGAAACCCUAUCAGUGCUUGGAAUGUAGGAAAAGCUUUAAUACAAGCAAAACCUUCCGUAAACGCCAAAGAAUUCACAGGGGGGAGAAGCCAUUUGAAUGCCGAGAGUGUGGAAAGAGCUUCAGUCAGAGAACCCAUCUCACAGCCCAUCAAAUAAUUCAUACAGGUGAGAAAUCCUAUCUGUGCUCGGAAUGUGGGCGAAGCUUCAAUCACAGGGCGAAUCUCAUGGCCCAUCAAAGAAUUCACAGUGGUGAGAAACCCUAUCAGUGCUCAGAAUGUGGGAAGAGUUUCACUGUGAGCUCCGGUCUCGCUUCCCACCAAAGAAUUCAUACUGGGGAGAAACCCUAUCAAUGCGUGAAUUGUGGAAACAGCUUCAGUCAGAAGGCAAGUCUCAUUUCCCAUCAAAGAAUUCACAGUGGUGAGAAGCCCUAUCAGUGCUUGGAAUGUGGGAAGAGCUUCAGUCGGAAGCAAAAUCUCACUUCCCAUCAAAGAAUUCACACUGGUGAGAAACCCUAUCAGUGCUCGGAAUGUGGAAAGAGUUACUGCCAUAGAGCCAAUCUCACUUCCCACCAAAGAAUUCACAGCGGGGAGAAAUCCUAUCAAUGCUUGGAUUGUGGAAAGAGUUUCCUCCAGAGAGCCGAUCUCACUUCCCACCAAAGAAUUCACACAGGGGGAAAACCAUAUCAGUGCUUGGAAUGUGGAAAGACCUUUAGUCACCGUGCCAAUCUCGUGGCACACCCAAGAAUUCACAGUGGUGAGAAACCAUAUCAGUCCUCCCAAUGUGGGAAGAGCUUCACUGUGAGCUCCGGUCUCACUUCCCACCAAAAAAUUCACACAGGGGAGAAACCAUAUCAGUGCUUGGAAUGUGGAAAGAGCUUCACCCGGAAGGACAACCUCACUUCCCACCAAAGAAUUCACAGUGGUGAGAAACCAUAUCAGUGCUUGGAAUGUGAAAAGAGCUUCAGUAAGAGGACCAAGCUCAUGGCCCAUCAAAGAAUUCAUACAGGGGAGAAUCAUAGAAUUUUAGAGCUGCAGGAGUCUCCUGGGUUGUCUAGUCCACUGCAGGACUCUCAACUAAAGCAUCCAUGACAUAUUGCCUUCAAACUUCUCCUUACAAACCUCCAAGGAAGGAGAAUCCACAACCUUCCAAGGGCAUCUCUAAUUUGAAGCCAUUGAUUUGGGUACCAGCCUCCAGAGCCGGUGAAAACAAGCUUGUUCAAGCUUCCACGUGACACCCCUUCCUGUUCCUCAGAAGGCUUGGUUUCCCAAAGCUUAAUUGUCUUGGUCAACCCCCCUCUGCACC